GUUCCAAGGCAGGUACCUUGUGCAACUACUGCUCAAAGGUGCAUACGUACUAAUGAUGUUGAGAAUGUUGGCCACACUGCUCGACAUCAUACCUUCUUCGAGAUGCUUGGAAACUUCAGCUUUGGUGAUUACUUCAAAAAGGAAGCAAUUGUAUGGGCAUGGGAGCUUUCAACCAAAGAGUUUGGUUUGCCAGCGGACAGAUUGUGGGUUAGUGUUUAUGAAGACGAUGAUGAGGCUUUUGAGCUAUGGUCUAAUGAGGUGGGUGUCCCAUUGGAGCGUAUAAAGAGGUUGGGUAAAGAGGACAACUUCUGGACCAGUGGAGUGACAGGUCCCUGUGGUCCCUGCUCGGAACUUUAUUAUGAUUUUCAUCCUGAAAGGGGAUACUUUGAUGCUGAUCUUGGUGAUGAUUCGAGGUUUAUAGAGUUCUACAAUCUAGUAUUCAUGCAGUACAACAAAAAAGAUGAUGGUUCCCUUGAACCUCUAAAGCAGAAGAACAUAGACACAGGGCUUGGACUAGAACGCAUGGCUCGCAUCCUUCAAAAGGUUCCAAAUAACUAUGAAACUGACUUAAUAUUCCCCAUCAUAGAGAAGGCCUCUAAAUUGGCAAAUGUUUCAUAUGGCACUGCUGACGUUCAGACAAAAAGGAAUCUGAAGAUUAUAGGUGAUCACAUGCGUGCAAUUGUAUUUCUCAUCUCUGAUGGUGUUGCCCCAUCAAAUGUUGGGAGAGGUUAUGUGGUUCGACGGCUUAUUAGAAGGGUUGUUCGUACAGGCAGGUUGCUUGGUAUAACAGGUGAUGGUAUGGGAGACCUUGAAGGAGCAUUUUUACCAAUUAUUGCCGAGAAAGUUGUGGAACUAAGCACCAACAUUGAUUCCGAUGUUAGGAGUAGAUCACACUAUAUCUUUGAGGAAUUGAAGAGAGAAGAGCUUCGUUUUGUACAAACAUUGGAGAGAGGAGAAAAGUUGCUUGAAGAGAAGCUUGCUAAUGCUUUGUCAAAUGCUGAGCAAAAUGGAACUGCACCUUGCUUGACUGGCGAAGACGUAUUUCUUUUGUAUGAUACUUAUGGAUACCCUGUUGAAAUAACAAAAGAAGUGGCUGAAGAACGUGGUGUGAGUGUUGAUAUAAAUAGUUUUGAUAUGGAGAUGGAGAAGCAAAGGCGUCAAUCUCAAGCUGCACACAAUAAUGUCAAACUUGCCAUGGGAAACGGGGCAAAUAUUGCAGAAAAUUUACCUGACACUGAAUUUAUAGGCUAUGACAAUCUUUAUGCUAAAGCAAUUGUACAAAGCCUAGUGAUAGAUGGUGAUCCAACUGCACAAGUUAGUGAAGGGAGUAACGUGGAAAUUUUGCUGAACAAGACUCCAUUUUAUGCUGAAUCAGGGGGACAAAUUGGAGAUCAUGGUUUUAUUUAUGUUGUAGAGGGUGAAAAUCAACCAAAAGCUGUUGUGGAGAUAACAGAUGUUCAGAAGUCUUUAGGUAACAUAUUUGUUCACAAGGGUACUGUUCGUAAGGGAGUUGUUGAGGUUGGCAAGGAAGUUGAAGCAGCAGUGGAUGUAAAGCUGAGGCAGAGAGCUAAGGAUCAUCAUACUGCUACUCAUUUAUUACAAGCAGCACUAAAGAAAGUGAUUGGUCAAGAAACCUCACAAGCUGGUUCUUUGGUGGCAUUUGAACGUUUGAGGUUUGAUUUCAACUUCCACCGACCACUUCUUGACAGUGAGCUUGGAGAAAUUGAAGGGCUAAUAAAUGAAUGGAUUGAAGCAGGAAUACUUCUUCAAACCAAAGUGAUGCCACUUGCUGAUGCAAAGCGUGCUGGAGCUAUUGCAAUGUUUGGAGAAAAAUAUGGAGAAGAGGUUCGUGUUGUAGAGGUUCCUGGUGUAUCAAUGGAACUUUGUGGCGGAACUCAUGUCAGUAAUACUUCUGAAAUUCGUGGUUUUAAGAUAAUAUCAGAGCAGGGUAUUGCUUCUGGAAUCAGGCGUAUAGAAGCUGUUGCUGGGGGAGCUUUUAUUGAAUAUGUCAAUGCUCGAGAUAUUUAUCUGAAGCAGUUAUGUUCCACUCUCAAAGUUAAACCCGAAGAAGUGGUGACGAGGAUAGAAAACCUUCUAGAAGAGUUGCGAGCAAUCAGAAAUGAAAAUUCUGCCUUGCGUGCCAAAGCCGCAGUCUACAAGGCUUCGGUUAUUGCCGGCAAAACAUUGUUGGUGGGAAAAUCAGAACAGUACAGGGUGCUGGUUGAGUGCUUGGACGAUACUGAUCCUGAGUCACUUAAAAGUGCUGCGGAAUAUUUAAUGGAAACAUUACCAGAUCCAACAGCCAUUGUACUGGGCUCGUGCCCAGGUGAAGGGAAGGUUAGUCUGGUGGCUGCUUUUACUCCGGGGGUCGUCAAUCUGGGGAUUCAAGCUGGUAAAUUUAUUGGACAGAUAGCAAAAUUAUGUGGCGGUGGCGGCGGAGGAAGGCCCAAUUUUGCCCAGGCUGGUGGGAGGAAACCUGAAAACCUGGUGUCUGCCCUCGAGAAGGCUCAGGCCGACCUCAUAGCCACUCUAUCUGAAAAAGGAAACUGAAUUCCAGAAGAUGUCUCACAAUGCAACGUGAGAAGCUGUAAAAACUUAGUUACAUAUUUACCAAGUGAAAAGAUACAUAUGUAAUACAUACAUACUCCUAUUUCAUGUAAGCCCAUAAUUUAAAUCAACUAACUAACUGUAAUGUUCUUAAAUGUAUAUAAAAAAUGAAUUAUUUGAUCACA